CUGCAGAUGAUGGUAGCCAAGUGGGUGCUAUAGUCGGUGGUGUGAUAGGUGGUCUACUGCUAAUUGUGCUACUUCUCAUCCUGGUCCUCGUAUUACUUAGAAGGAAGUAUACGCAACCAAAAAAGCCAAAAGCAAGCGCCUCAUCAACGUUACCUUUUAAUAUAUCAUCUGAUGUACAUGGAGACAGCGAGUUUACACCAAACGAACCUGCUGUCCACAUAGAACAAGACGAUGCAGAUGUUGAUCACCUGUAUGGGAACACUGGCAUUGAUAAUAUACAGCGCAACAUCCCGAUUGAUAAUCUGCUACCCUAUGUUGCAAAAGUUAAAGCAAAUGGAAAUGCAGAACUGGAACGAAUAUUCAAAACAUUCUCUGACCUUCCCUGCGCUACACAAACUGCAGGGAAGGGUGUUCCAACCAAACAAUUCAACAGGUUCAGGAAUAUAAUUCCAUAUGAUCAUACAAGGGUGGUUCUUAAAGAGAUUCCCGGGGUAAAGUAUUCGGACUACAUCAAUGCGUCAUAUAUUGAGGGUUACCCAGAUGUCCCAAGGGUGUAUAUCGCAGCUCAAGGACCGAUUGAACAGACCGCUGGUGAUUAUUGGAGAAUGAUUUGUCAGGAAAAUGUAUCCAACAUAGCUAUGUUGACCAAUCUUCAAGAAAAUUCCAAGCCAAAGUGUUACGCCUACUGGCCAAAGAAUGAGGGAGAGAAGCAGACAUUUGGAAACAUCGAAGUGACCAACAUCCAAACGGACAAUAACUACCUUGAUUAUGUGAUAUACAAAAUUCUGGUUGAAAGAGCGGACGAAAAGAGGACAAUCAAAUUGUUCCAUUUUACGUCAUGGCCCGACCACGGGGCUCCCGAAGACGCUUAUGGACUUCUAGCAUUCCUAAAGAAGGUUAAGAUGAGCAACCAUUCCACAGGCAGUCCUUUACUUGUACAUUGCAGCGCUGGCGUUGGAAGAACGGGUACACUGAUUGCAAUUGACAUGCUGUUGAAGCAGGCCCAAACAGAGGGCGAGGUGGAUGUAAAUUCAUGUGUUCAUAAGCUAAGAACACAGCGACCAUUUAUGAUUCAAACACCAGAACAGUUUAUUUUCCUCCAUGAUGCUAUUCUUGAAGCAUUAGUACUCAAUGAUACGUGCAUAGAUGCAACUGACUUCAACAAAAAGAUGCUUGAACUGACAAAGGUCAUCCCCCCACAAGGGGAGACCAGGAUUCAAGAGCUCUACCAGAUGCUGGAAACUUUGAAGCCAUCACUGAACCUGACUGAUACGAAAGCUGCACGUGAACCUGCAAAUGCAAAGAAAAACAGGAAUCCUGAUAUUCUUCCACCUGGCAAAAGUCGUCCCUUUAUAAUCUCCGUGCAUCAGUCAGGCAAAACAGAUUAUAUAAAUGCAUUGUACUUGAAUGGCUAUAAGAACAAGGAUGGAUUUAUAGUGACACAACGACCACUACCAGAUACGCUAGAAGAGUUCUGGAGUCUUGUUUACGACACAGGAAGCUCUUGCAUUGUCACCUUAGAUGAGGAAAACGUUUUUAAUGAUUUGGAUUCCCCUGCAUACUGGGACAAUGAAUCUAAUAGUUUCGGAAUGUUUGAAGUAACUGUGCAACAGGAGAAUGAAAUGAGUGGAUACGUGGAACGAAGGCUUACUCUUAGAGCAAGAGGAAAGGCCUCUUCAGAAAGGGAAAUUGUUCAAUUACACAUAUCACGUUGGCCGAGGUUCACAAAAGAUGAGGCGAAAAUGAAGUCUGUGAUAUCCAUGAUAACAGCAAUGAACAAUUUCAGAAUUGGGCAUGGAAAAUCCCCAGUAAUAGUACAAUGCAUUGAUGGUGCAGAGCGAUGUGGAGUGUACUGUGCCACUGCUAUAGGAAUAGAGCGUCUGCAGGUGGAGCAACAAAUAGAUAUAUUCAGCAUUGUGAAGAAAAUCAGAAAGAACCGACCUCAGUUCAUCAAAUCUGGGGAGCAGUACACAAUGUGUCAUUACCUCAUCCAGGAUUACAUGAAUCAAUUUGAGACCUACUCAAACUUCAAAGAAAUAUGUUGAGAGAAACACUGGGUCCUAGGACAGAACUACAAAGAUGUCAUUGGCUCCUUGGGUCGUUCUGAAUGUAUCAAAGUUGCAACACAAUUAUGAUAUCUAUAUGCAUCCAAAUGCCAUUAAUGCCGCUUAUCGUCAAUUUUUAGAGUUUACAGAAGGUGGAUAGAGGUGGUGCUCCCAAUCAUGAAAAUGUUAUAUCCUAGAUAAGCGUGUAUUUUCUAAUUGCAUUAAGUAAAUGUUUAUUAGAUAAAAAAUAUUGCGAUAGCAUUUCGUGGACAAGUAACUCAUGACCGUCCUCUCUCCGAUGAUAAAGUUGUUUAGCGUUUUUUCAAAGUAAACAAAGUAGCUUUUUAGGGGGGAGGGGGGGGGGGGGGUGACGACUUUGGACCUCAAGAUAGCCGAAGAUCUGAUCCUAAUUUUUCAAGGAAUUUGAUUGGUUCCUUGAGACAUCUUCGCCCAUCUUCGUAAUUAGAACAUCUUCGGUGUAGGAGCAUCUCCCUCUUUAUUCGAGUCAUCUGAACACGAUCGCAAUAUCGUAUCAAACACAAGAUAUGGGAGAUCAACAAUCAAAAGUUUCUUGAAUCUUAUGAUAUGCAUCUGAAAUGUUUGUUUUUUAUAUUCAUGUUAUUGUACCAAUAUGUUAACACGAAUAUCCAUUUUUGUCUACAAUACAGUUUACACAAAAAUUAUAUUAUGUUAGUUGUACGCGCAAAUCUAAGUCAAUGGUACGGGAUUUCUAGGAGUCUAAUAAAGGAGCUGGUAGCACACUAUAAUAGCGCAGCAAUAUUUAACCUAACAUAUACAU